AUGGAUUUGACGAAGCGGGCUGCUGAGGAGAUCGAGGAUGAGGUCGUUCCAGUGAAGAAGCCAAACUUGGAAGAGGAGAAGACCGGAAGUGAUGAUGUCAAGGAUAUCAAAGUCGAAAAAUCGGAGAAUGGUGCUAACGAGGCGGAGCCUGAGGAAAAGCUUGAUGUUGAAAAAGAAAACGGUGAAACUCAAGUUCCGGAUGAUAAAGUCGAGCCCAUAGAAAUCCCAACUGAAAUCGACCCACCAACCGCUCAACAAGAAGCCGUAAAUCUGGCAGAUGGAGCCACCGCAAACGACGCGUACCGCGAUGCAGGUGUUCCGGAGACCGAAAAAAUACCAGACAUCAACAUCAGUCCGGUGGAAGCGGAGGAGGAGCAGGUGGAGCAGAGAAAGGAGCAGGAGGUGGAGAAAAAAGCUGAUGCUCCAGAAGAGAAGAAGGUAGAGGAUGCUCGAAAAGUGGAGGAAGUGAAAACUGUGAAAGUCGAGAGAGCCAAGCGGGAUGCGGCUUACAUGAAAAAGGCUCUUGAUGAAUGGUUCAAUGGUGGUACUCCACCUACGACAACUACGACCUCAUCUACCAAUACCAGUUCAACUACAAACUCCGAUGCUCCAGGCCCAAGCACCGCUCAAGCUAAUCGAAACAUCGAUCUUUCAGCCUUCCAGUCCCAAGAUUGGGAGCAUGACUUGUUUGUGAAAUGCCCACACAUCAUUCGGACCCCGAAUUGUCCAAUGACUAGCCAAACGGCCGCUGGCGCGCUGCAGGCGAUUAUAAGUCGUGUCACGCAAGAAGCGGCAGCUGUUGGCAUCUACCCCACAAAGUUCAAUGCGGCUGGGGAAUUGGUGCCCGUGCAUCUGGCGGAUGAUGCACCACCACGUCCCACCUUUGCUACGGCUGAGCUUAUGCCAAGGCUUCUGCCUCUGCCUAUCGUAUCCCGAUCCGAUUUAGUGAUGCAGGAGGUUAAGGAGACCCAGGGGCAGAAGAAACAGGAUGAAGCGAUUCCAGCUCUUGUUGCGGAGAUGACGGAUACUACUGUGGAGCAGGAGGACAAAGCGGAAAAGGCCAAAAAUGAGGCGAAAACUGAGGCUGCUAAUGCAAGCGCUGAAAAAGCUGACGCGACUGAACCUGCGGAAGCUGGUGAAAAUGCCGAUAAAACCGACACAGACGAAAUUGUCGAAAAAGCCGAAGCUGCUGAGAAAUCUGCACCCGCUGAACCUGUUGAAAACGCCGAAGCCCCUGCCGUUAUGCCUGCCCUUGCAGAAGAC